GAUCCCGGAGCGCUGCGGAUCCCCUGCGCAGGACCAGGACCCGGACCCCGCGGAGGCGAUUGACCAAUCGCAGACCGGGAAGAUGAAGGUUCUGUGGGCCGUGGUGGUGGUCGCGCUCCUGGCAGGAUGUCCAGCCCGCGUGGCGUCCGAUGCCGAGGAGGAGCUGGAGGCCCAGCUGGAGACAAGGAUGCCGCAGCAGAAGCCUGAGCUGGAGCGCUGGCAAGCCACUCAGCCCUGGGAGCAGGCCCUGGGCCGCGUCUGGGAUUACCUGCGCUGGGUGCAGACGCUCUCCGACCAGGUGCAGCAGGAGCUGCUCAGCUCCCAGGUCACCCAGGAGCUGUCGCAGCUGAGCGAGGAGACCAUGAGGGAAAUCAAGGCGUACAUGGCGGAGGUGGAGGCGCAGCUGGGCCCUGUGGCCGAGGAGACCAAGACCCGCGUGACCAAGGAGCUGCAGGCCGCGCAGGCCCGGCUGGAGACCGACAUGGAAGACGUGCGCAGCCGCCUGGGCCAGUACCGCACGGACGUGCAGUCCAUGCUGGGCCAGAGCACCGACGAGCUGCGCAACCGCCUGGCCUCGCACCUGCGCAAGCUGCGGAAGCGGCUCCUGCGUGACGCCGAGGACCUGCAGAAGCGCCUGGCCGUGUACCGCGCCGGCGCGCACGAGGGUGCGGAGCGCAGCGUGGGCGCCCUGCGCGAGCGCCUGGUGCCGCUGAUGGAGCAGGGCCGCCUGCGCGCCGCCUCCGUGGGCACCCUGGCCGGCCGGCCGCUGCAGGAGCGCGCCGACGCCUUCCGCCAGCAGCUGGCCGGGCGUCUGGAGGAGGUGGGCGGCCGCGCCCGAGACCGCCUGGACGAGCUGAACGAGCAGAUGCGGGAGGUGCGCGUGAAGAUGGAGCAGCAGGCCGAGGCCUUCCAGGCCCAGGUCAAGAGCUGGUUCGAGCCCCUGGUGCAGGACAUGCAGCGCCAGUGGGCCGGGCUGGUGGAGAAGGUGCAGCAGGCCAUCGGCAACCACCCGGCCGCGACCACCACCCCGGUGCCCAGCGAGAAUCAGUGAGCACCUCGCUGCUCCUGGGGGCCCCCCCCCACGCUGCCGGCCUUCCCCACCCCCAGCUGCCGGAGUCGCCCCGCCCUGGUCAUCCUCCCACCCCCAGGGGGCUCCCCUUAAUAAAGAUUCAGAAGCUUCCA